AUGGUGCCGCCACUGUGUGCCGUUUGCUCACGUCAUCUUACUAACCAACCAGCAUCGGUAGAACGGCCGUGGCAAUGUGCCUUAUGUUUCGGUAUUCUUGAUCCGGACUUCAUAGCAGAAGUUGCUGAAAAAGCGGCGGAAAGUCUGAAUUCAGAAUGCUUUGAUUCUCAUUCAUUUGUAUUGGCGCUUAAUGUCCCUGUUUCUGUUACUCUGCGGGAAGCAAUCAUUGAAUGUUCUAACGAUAGUGAAAUGCGGCAAGGUACUCUUUCUUCCGUACCAUUCAAACUACGUCUCGUGGACGCGUACACUGGAAAACUCAAAGAAGCUACUGGACUGCAUCCAAGUUUGGGUUCAGACUUAAAGCUAACGCUCACUCUGGUUAAUGAUGAGUUUAACCUUACUGACAGCGUCUUCCUAUUCAAGCAUUUCAAAGAAGAUUUUGUGCCGAGUAGGAAAAGGAAGCGUUUUGAACCACAACAGCCGCUGGAGACAAAUUUUACUAAAGUGCGAGUCAGUAAUAUUGUAUCAAAAAUAACUCCAGAAAUUUCUUCGGCAUACGAAAUGAUUUCUCCUAGCAAAAAAUGUACUUUUUCUUUCGCUUUCGAGCGUAAGCCUAUCUUUAUUGCGGGACGUUAUUGCAAAUUCUCCCGCAGUCUUCCGCAGAGCCCGUGGACAGCUUCUGAGGAGCUUCCAAAAGUAAAUGGGAACUCAGUUUCUGAGAAGAUUACAAAAGUAUUGAGUGAGGAAACACGAUGUGACUCUACCCGUUUUAUUGCUUCGGGUAGAGAAGAUAUUGAUGUAAGGAUGUUGGGGUCAGGACGGCCGUUCGUUGUUGAGUGUUUUAAUCCUCGCAGAAGGCUACAAUUUCUCAGAGAUUUACUGAAAGAAACUUUGUGUCGUCUUGAAAAAAGUAUCAAUGAUGAUAAAGAUAUAAAACUUGGAAGUUCACUCAAACUAAUUGCCGAAAAACAAGCAAGCGAUGUAAAACUCGAUCAAGAAGAUAAGCAGAAGUGUUAUACGGCUUACUGCUAUUGCACAGAGGAGAUUUUGGAAGCUAAUCUUGACAAACUUUCGACAUUAGCCCCUAUAGAGAUUCUCCAAAAGACACCAGUGCGUGUAUUAAAAAGGCGUUCGCUUUUAGAAAGAAAGAGGAAUGUUUUUUCAAUGGAUGCUUUAAAAGUUGACGACCUUCACUUCCUUUUGAGGUUGGAAACUCAAGCUGGUACCUACGUAAAAGAAUUUAUUCACGGCGACUUUGGUCGUACAAAACCUUCUCUUCGUGAUCUGUUAGGUUUGACCACUGGAGAAGUUGAUAUAAUUGAAUUAGACGUAGAGUAUGUAAAUAUGGAAUGGCCACCUGGCUAA